AUGUCCCUCACAGAUGCUCAACUAGCAUCUUUCCAGGAAAAUGGAUACCUUGUGAUCCCCGACUACCUUACUCCAGAAGAAAUAACCUCCGUCCUCACCGAAACCAACACCCUCCUGAACGACUUCCCGCUCGAAACCCACCCACUGACUCAAUUCACGACCGGCGAUGACAAGAAAGCCGAACACGUAGGAGACGAAUACUUCCUCAAUUCCGGCGACAAAAUUCGCUUCUUCUUCGAGCCCGAUGCUUUCAGCUCCGAGCCCGACCCACUGACUGGCGGCCCCGCAUUGAUCAAACCCAAGAAUCUGGCCGUGAAUAAGAUCGGCCACUCGCUACACACUCUCUCUUCACCCUUCAAAGCCAUUUCUCUGACUGCACGCAAUGCAGCUAUCGCGCGCUCUAUUGGCUUUGUUGACCCUCGCGUCUUACAGAGCAUGGUUAUAUGCAAACAGCCCUCUAUCGGCGGCGCGGUCCCCUCGCAUCGCGACUCGGAGUUCUUGUAUACAGACCCUCCAUCAGCGGUUGGAUGGUGGUAUGCGCUCCAGGAUGCAGGACCUGGAAACGGGACCUUGGGAAUGUGGAAGGGAUCGCAUCGCGGAAAGAAGGGAGGCCAUAUUGCUCGUCGUUUUGUGAGGAAGAGCGUUGGGUCUGGCACGGAGUUUAUUGAGAAUCCUGGGCCUCGAUUGCCUAAGGGUAUGGAUGAGGAGAAGGUGAGUGAGCCGAGUGAUGAGGAUUUGGAGAUCUUGCAGGUUAAGGCUGGCUCAUUGGUGCUUAUUCAUGGCAAUGUGCUGCACAAGAGCGAGAAGAAUACUAGCUCGAGAAGUCGGUAUGCGUAUACCUUCCAUGUUAUUGAAGGAGGUGAGGGGUGGGAAUAUGAUGAGCGGAAUUGGUUGCAGCCGCCUGAAGGUGGAUUCUCGAAGUUACAAUGA